AUGGCUCCUAUCGCCCAGAAAGCUCUUCUCCUUCCGGCCCCAAAAGCUCAAUGGACUGUUGACGAAGUGCCCGUGCCUACGCCAGGCCCAAAGGACGUCCUCGUCAAGAUCAUCGCCGUUGGGCUCAACCCAGGCGACUGGAAGAUUCAGACGUACGGGAUCUCCAUGGUCGACUACCCUUACAUCGGCGGUUUCGAUGCCGCCGGACUCGUCGAAGACGUUGGCGCAGAGGUCAUCACUCUGGCCAAGGGUGACCGAGUCUUGUACCAGAGCGGGUUCGGGCGUCCGGAGGCAGCGUUCCAACAAUACGGCAUCGUUGCUGCGGAGAUCGCAGCGAAGAUUCCACCGAAUCUCUCUUUCGAGCAGGCAGCAUCUGUCCCUCUCGGCCUCAACACCGUCGUCCUCGGACUGUACAACCGCAACCCCGGAUCGACGAGCAUCGGCUACCCCGCUCCCUGGGAAGAAGGCGGCACGACCAAGUUUGCCGGAAAGCCGGCGCUCAUAGUCGGCGGAUCGUCUUCCGUCGGUCAAUACGCCGAGUGGUAUGUGCGCACAGCUAUCCAGCUCGCGAGGCUCUCCGGGUUUGCGCCCAUCCUCACCACGUCGUCGCUCCGCCACGAGGAGUUUCUCAAGUCUAUCGGCGCGACGCACGUCAUUGACCGCACGCUCCCGCCGGCCACUGUCCAGAGCGAGGUUCUCAAACUCGCCGGAGGAAAGCCAAUCGAGUUCGCGUUCGACCCGGUCUCGGCCGCGGACACGCAGACGCUCGCAUACGACAUCCUCGCCCCAGGGGGCAACCUCCUCUUAGUCAAUCCGGAGGCAAUCCCUGCGGAGAAGAAGAAAGACGGCGAUAACAAGAGGGUCAUGCCCGUGUUCGCGGACGUGCAGACCCCGGCGACCAGAGAUGUCCUCGUCGCGCUUUACAGCCGGCUCACGGAGUGGCUCGAGACGGGAACGAUUGUGCCUAACCGUGUCGAGGUGAUUCCUGGCGGCCUCGCUGGCAUCCCCGACGGAAUCGAACGCGUGAAGAAUAACCUGGUGAGCGGCAGGAAACUCAUCGCCCAUCCGCAGGAGACGCUGUGA